GACCGGGGGCGCGUCACCAUCCGUUGCCAGCAACUCCAGUCGCUCUUUCGAGUCUGUCAGCAGAGCUUGAAGCUUCUUCCUCCUGCCUGAAAGCUGCAAACAUGUUAACCUUCGCCUUCAGACAGGUGACUCGGUCUCUGCGCCAGCAAGCCCCAGUCCGCCUGUGUGUCCGGGGGCAGCAGUCCCACGCCGCCAGUUCCAGGUUGGAGGAAGAACCAUGGACGGGCCAAGAAAGCCUGGCGCAGGACGACCCCGAGAUGUGGGAUCUGCUGCAGAAGGAGAAGGACCGACAGUGUCGCGGCUUGGAGCUGAUCGCAUCAGAGAAUUUCUGCAGUCGAGCGGCUUUGGAGGCUCAGGGCUCCUGUCUGAACAACAAAUACUCAGAAGGAUACCCAGGAAGACGGUACUAUGGUGGAGCAGAGGUGGUGGACCAAAUUGAGUUACUGUGCCAGAAGCGAGCACUGGAUGCCUUCAACCUGGACCCAGCCAAGUGGGGCGUCAACGUGCAGCCGUAUUCUGGCUCCCCGGCUAAUUUCGCCGUCUACACUGCAGUGCUCAACCCCCAUGACCGCAUCAUGGGCUUGGAUCUGCCUGAUGGAGGACACUUGACUCACGGCUACAUGUCUGACGUGAAGAGGAUCUCGGCCACCUCGAUCUAUUUUGAGUCGAUGCCCUACAAGCUGAAUCCUGCCACAGGACUCAUCGACUACGACCAGAUGGAAAUGACGGCCAAGCUGUUCAAACCCAAGCUCAUCAUCGCUGGCACCAGUGCCUAUGCCCGCCUCAUUGACUACGCCCGUAUUAAAAAGUUGUGUACUGAAAUCAAGGCCUACAUGCUGGCAGACAUGGCUCACAUCAGCGGACUCGUGGCAGCCAGAGCCAUCCCUUCCCCGUUUGAGUACGCUGACUUGGUCUCCACGACGACGCACAAGUCUCUCCGUGGCGCCAGGGCCGGUCUCAUCUUCUACCGCAAGGGAGUCCGAUCCGUCGACAAGAAGGGGAAAGAGAUCAUGUAUGACCUGGAGGACAAGGUCAACUUCUCCGUCUUCCCUUCCCUCCAGGGCGGACCUCAUAACCAUGCCAUCGCCGGUGUGGCCGUGGCCCUCCGACAGGCAAACUCCCCCAUGUUCAGAGAGUACAUCGACCAGGUGCUGAAGAACGCCAAGGCCAUGUCUGCUGCUCUGCUCAGCAAGGGCUACACUCUCGUAUCGGGUGGGACGGACAACCACUUGUGCCUGGUGGAUCUGCGGCCCAAGGGCAUCGACGGCGCUCGGGCCGAGAGGGUGCUGGAGCUGGUGUCAAUCACUGCCAAUAAGAACACUUGCCCCGGGGACAAGAGCGCCCUCACUCCGGGUGGCCUCAGGCUAGGUGCCCCGGCGCUGACCUCCCGGCAAUUCAAAGAAGCUGACUUUGUCCAGGUUGUUGAGUUCAUGGACGAGGGCUUCAAGAUUGCCCUUGAUGUGAAGAAGAAGACUGGAAAGCUCCAGGAGUUCAAGGACUUCUUGCUCCAAGAUCCAGAUACGGUGGCGCAUAUCGCUGACCUGCGCCACCGUGUGGAAGCCUUUGCCCGACCUUUCCCCAUGCCUGGCUUCCUGGAUCACUAGGAAAAACACGGCCGCCAUCACCGCAAAGACAAACUACGAUUCGUCAGAUUUUUAUAAGAGCAAAUUAUUUUUUUUUAUGUAUCAACGGCAAAUGGUUUUUCAGUUCUCUUCUCAUGGUUUCUUUCAUGUGCAUUUGUGAGGAUAAAAUCGGGUGGAAUUGCUUGGAGUUUUGAAGCACCUUAGUUCAUUUCUAAUGACAUGGAGCCCCUGUGUUUCUGCUGUCCUUGUUUCGCUUGCAUGAUAAUGCCACAUGUCAGAGGAACCAGCACCCAAAAAUGGAGUAUCACUUGUAGACGCUGUCAUCUCUGGGGUGGAUAGAAGCUGGUCAAAGUUUACUAAAGAAGUCAGCCAGCUUGUUUCUGUUAUCCAACCUCUUACACACAGGCAGUAUUCCCUAGUUCACUUACAUGCAGUAUGAGAUGGAGGUGGAAUGAAAUCUGUGUGACACUUCCUUUGUCAUAGUCGGUGUCAUUCUGUACAUCACUGUUUUUAUUAUUUUAUUUCUUCAGGGUACCUAGUUGCAAUGAUUUAAUACAGACUAAUAAAGACCUCCUAAUUUAUCUUAUCGGACCAAGGUUGCUGUCUGGGCUUUUGGGCUUCACUGUGAACAUGGUGAUGUCGCUGGUCAAGCGUGCACAAACAGCUGCUAUCGGUAUCACUGCAUCAGUGACGGGGUUCUGUUGUUUCACUGCAAGGACUUUUCAUCUGGUCAGCUCGUGAAAUGAACAGAAAAAUCAUGAGUUCCUCUUUGCCAUUUCAAUCAGCCUUCUACUACGGUAUAUGUCGCCUGCUUUCGUACCUGGAGAGUCCGGCACGUGAUCAUUCAUGUCAAACUUUAAUAAAAGUAUUUGUAUUGAUUAGAUUUAACGGAGUUGUAAUAAAAUACUUUAAGAACACAAGGAUUGUGG